GGACGUUUCUUCAGCAACAACACGGCUACUCUUUCAGCCAGGUUUUUUUUAGCUUUCUAGCUAACUUAAAACCGAAGCAUUUGACGCGCUUUACACCAUGUUUUAUUUACAUUCGCGAAUCGCAGUGUUUCAAACACAAUUCUGUUUACGUAUAUAUACUGUAAACUUUAACCAAAUUAGCUUGUUAAAUUUGCAAACUUGUUAAGAUUGAUACUGAACCUAGCACUUGGCUAGUCGCUAAUGCUACCUGCUAACUAGCUAACGUCCCCGACCAUGAGCUCACUAAGCAACUUUUCCCCUGCUAAGGAAGAGGGGGUCUGCUGUAUGGAGAAAGAAGCUCUGGGGCUGAACAUUGUCGUGAAAAAAGAAGAGGAUAUUACAGUGAAAGAAGAAGAAGAACCUUUCAGAAUGAAAAAGGAGGAAGAGGAGGAUAUCAUACUGAAAGAAGAGGAGGAGGGUGUUACUGUGAAAGAAGAGAAAGAACCUUCUGGAGUGGAAGAGAAGGUAAAAGCUUUCAGAAUGAAAAGGGAGGAGGAGGCGAUCUCAAUAAAGGUGGAGGAAGACGUUUUGGGAGUGAAAGAGGAGGAGGACGAAGGAGAGGAGGAGGAGACUGAAGAUCUGAUUAACACCGGACCUGAGCCCUAGGACCAUGCGUCAGGACUACCGGGCAUGAUGACUCCUUGCUGUCCCCAGUCCACCUGGCCUUGCUGCUGUUCCAGUUUCAACUGUUCUGCCUGCGGCUAUGGAACCCUGACCUGUUCACCCAACGUGCUACCUGUCCCAGGCCUGCUGUUUUCAACUCUAGAGACUGCAGGAGCGGUAGAGAUACUCUUAAUGAUCGGCUAUGAAAAGCUAACUGACAUUUACUCCUGAGGUGCUGACUUGCUACACCCUCGAUAACUACUGUGAUUAUUAUUAUUUGACCAUGCUGGUCAUUUAUGAACAUUUGAACAUCUUGGCCAUGUUCUGUUAUAAUCUCCACCCGGCACAGCCAGAAGAGGACUGGCCACCCCUCAUAGCCUGGUUCCUCACUAGGUUUCUUCCUAGGUUUGGCCUUUCUAGGGAGUUUUUCCUAGCCACCGUGCUUCUACACCUGCAUUGCUUGCUGUUUAGGGUUUUAGGCUGGGUUUCUAUACAGCACCUUGUAGCAUUAGCUGAUGUACGAAGGUGCUAUAUAAAUACAGUUGAUUUGAUUUGACAGGGAGAGCCCCUCCAGGUUUUCCGUAUCUGGGGGGGACUGGAACUGUCAGCUGAGUGGUAAUAAACUGUGGUGAGACUUCAGGGGAUAAUCCAAAUAUAGUGUGUAUGUAUGUGUUAGGUUGUGUAGGUUAAGAGAAAGUAUAAAAGGAACGUUUUUGCACGUCAGAGCUGUCACCAAUAAAAUUGUAUCUGACUAAUUGUGA